UUAGGCGACCUUUGUCGGCCACCGUAGAAAGAGCGAGUUCCACUUAACACACAACACUAUGAUUUAUCUGUGUUUGUAUUGUCGACCAAGUGUUUUGGGGGUUCGCAACUCUCGAGAUCUGGUCAGGUUAGCAGCGAACCGCUGACUGACACUUACACGCAAGAUGGAAUAUUUGCUCCAAGUAAAAAUCGGCGCUCUUUUCGGUUUGUUGCUACUAACGCUUAUUUUCGGAUUCAUCCCCGCUCGAGUCACUUGGUUCAGGAACACAAACGGGACAGAGACUCACCGUACAGUUCUGAGUCUCAUAAGUUGCUUUGCCGGCGGAGUUUUCCUGGCAGCAUGUUUGCUCGAUAUCAUUCCAGAUUACCUGGAGGACAUGAACACUGCAUUGGACUCCAACAUGAUGGAGAUUAACUUCCCCCUUCCUGAGUUCAUCAUGGCAGUCGGUUUCUUCACAGUCCUCAUACUGGAGAGGAUGGUUCUGAACUGUCGGGAGAUGAGAGGGACCGUGAAUGAGUGGGCGCCCCUUAUACAAGACAACAGGAACGGCCACGGACACGGCCAUGUCCAUGGCUCCACCGUGAGUCCGGAUCUGGAGAGCAGCGGCCACCACGUCCAUGUCGACUUUCAGGCCCACUCGCCUUUUCGCUCCUUCAUGCUUUUCCUCUCGUUGUCACUCCAUUCGGUUUUUGAAGGGCUUGCAAUCGGCCUGCAGAACACUGACUCAAAGGUGUUGGAAAUCUGCAUCGCCAUACUGGUCCACAAGAGCAUCAUCGUCUUCAGCCUGUCUGUGAAGCUGGUCCAGAGCGCAGUUCGUCCCGUGUGGGUGGUGGCUUACAUCGGGGUGUUCGCCGUAAUGUCACCCCUGGGCAUCGCCAUCGGCAUCAGCGUGAUGGAGGCCCAGCUGGCGGCCGGAACCCUCAUCCAGGCCGUUCUGGAGGGGCUGGCCGCGGGAACGUUCAUCUACAUCACCUUCCUGGAGAUCCUCCCGCACGAGCUCAAUUCCCCCGGGAAGCAGCUGCUCAAGGUGCUCUUCAUCUUGCUGGGCUUCAUCGUCAUGGCUGCGCUCACCUUUUUGGGCUAAGUGCAUGAGACGUUCAAGCUCAGGUGCCCGUCAAGGUGUUGGCUCUGUGUUUGGGGUCGUCUUUAUUUCCAAUGCAGAUGGAAUGUUUCUCCACGUUCGGACUGUUUACACUGCACGUCCUGACACUUCAUAUUCCGCCACUUGGAGUAUUUUUAAGGGAGCACAGUAAAAUGCUUGAUUGUUUUAGACCUUUGAGUAUACUUUUUUUUAAGACCUUUUGUGAGGGAUUUUUAAAUAUAACUUCUUUUAGUUCGUUAGGAGUUUUACGUCAACUGAGCCUGUUGACUGACCAAGUCAGUCCGGGGUAUACGAUGCACAUCUGAACUGUUGCAAACAUUUUGAACCCGACUGAAGGAAACAACUGGAAAUAUUAAGGCCUUACUGUGUGUACUGUAUGUUGUACUUCAUCCAAUCAUGUCACCUCAUCAGCAACUACAUUUGUUUACGUCUGUUUGCUGUGUUUGAUUCAAAUGGGAAGUUUGCUUCCUUAAAAGUGCCUCCAUAUUUGCUUUUGUUCAUUUUACAAUGAGGUCCUGAUCACUUUAUUUCCUGUAGUCUUUACCACUGAUAGCAUGAUUUGUACUGUUUUAUUGCAAUCUUCCUAGCCUAUUUGUAGCCUCACUAGUAUUUUGUUGCUCAUGUAAUUUAAGACAGAUUUGUAAUGAGAGCUUGCACACUAAAUGUAAUGCCUUAAUAUUGUGACCAAAAAGAGAAUGCAAUCAAGAAAAAGGAUGGGAUUUAGUAUUAUCUGCACCUUUUUCCUAAUAAAGCACCAAUGGGGAUGAGAGGAAGACUGUAAUGUACUAAAAAAAUAAAUUUAACACAUAAUGUGA